AUGGCCGACAUUAGUCAUCCUCCCAUGGAACAGCUCCAGGACCUUGAAUACUGCAUUGAUUCUAAUCCUCCAUGGCCGGAAACAGUCCUGUUAGCAUUUCAGAAUUACAUAUUAGUACUAGGCACAAGUGUAAUGAUUCCCACAUUACUUGUCCCAUUGAUGGGUGGAUCUGAUGGGGACAAAGCACGAGUCAUACAAACUUUGCUUUUCGUAGGUGGCAUUAACACACUUCUUCAAGCACUCUUUGGAACAAGGCUACCUGCUGUUGUUGGAGGGUCCUUUGCUUAUGUCAUUCCCAUAGUAUAUAUUAUUAGUGACUCAUCACUGCAACGAAUAGAUGAGCCUCAUAUAAGAUUUAUACAAACCAUGAGAGCUAUCCAAGGCGCUUUAAUUGUUGCUGCGAGUAUACAAAUAAUUCUAGGCUACAGCCAAGUUUGGGGUCUCUUUUCACGCUUUUUUAGUCCCCUUGGUAUGGUACCUGUCGUUGGAUUAGUUGGCUUGGGCUUAUUUCAACGAGGGUUUCCUGUGGUAGGGAAUUGCAUAGAGAUCGGUUUUCCGAUGCUUUUGUUGGUCAUUGGCUUGUCGCAAUAUCUGAAGCAUGUUAAACCUCUAAGGGAUUUCCCCAUUUUUGAACGAUUUCCCGUGUUGAUUUGUGUCACAAUUAUUUGGAUAUAUUCCCUCAUAUUGACGGCUAGUGGAGCUUACCGUGGCAAGCCCAAUUUAACUCAGAUCAGUUGCCGUACAGAUAGAGCUAAUCUUAUAUCCACUGCUCCAUGGUUCAAGUUUCCAUAUCCUCUGCAGUGGGGCCCCCCUACUUUCUCAGCAGGUCAUUCCAUUGCCAUGAUGUCUUCGGUUCUUGUUUCAAUGGUUGAGUCCACUGGUGCCUAUAAAGCAGCAUCUCGUCUAGCAAUUGCCACCCCACCUCCUGCCUACGUACUCAGCCGGGGAAUUGGUUGGCAGGGGAUAGGCAUUUUGCUAGAUGGUCUUUUUGGAACAGGCACUGGUUCCUCCGUUUCUGUGGAAAAUGUAGGUCUCCUUGGACUGACUCGAGUUGGAAGUCGUAGAGUUGUUCAAAUUUCAGCUGGUUUCAUGAUAUUCUUCUCCAUCUUAGGGAAAUUUGGAGCUGUUUUUGCAUCUAUACCUUUCCCGAUAUAUGCUGCAUUAUAUUGUGUUCUAUUUGGCCUUGUAGGUUCAGUUGGUUUAUCGUUUCUCCAAUUCACUAACAUGAAUUCUAUGAGGAACCUCUUUAUUACGGGUCUUUCACUUUUCCUCGGGAUCUCUAUUCCUCAAUUUUUCGGCGAAUAUUGGAGUCCACGUCAUAAUGGUCUAGUUCGUACCAAUGCUGGAUGGUUUAAUGCAUUCUUGAAUACAAUAUUCUCCUCACCACCAACUGUGGGCCUAAUAAUUGCCGUCUUUCUUGACAACACACUGGAAGUGGAGAAGUCAAAGAAAGAUCGAGGAAUGCCAUGGUGGGUGAAGUUCAGAACUUUUAGAGGCGAUAACAGGAAUGAAGAAUUCUAUACAUUGCCGUUCAAUCUCAACCGAUUCUUCCCUCCCACAUAG